AGAAUAAUCAUACAAGUUAUUACAAGCGCACGAUUAACAUCAUAAAUGCGCACUGAAACAACUUAUACUACCUUAGUAGGUAGUUAGCUACACAAAGCUAUACAGCUAUGUACUGGCUAGACGGCCCUUCUCUCAAGUGUUUAGCUGCAGAUUGAGUGAAUCCAAAAUGAAUCCGCUCAGUCCAGAGAAGGAAGCGUUGAUGGAUGAAAUUGAAAAAAGCUUAUGGGAUUUAACCGAGGAUCAUUUGUCUCACCUGUGCGAACGCAGUGGAAUAGAUGGUUCGGAAGUUAAAGGGAUGAAUCGUCGCUUGUUAAGGCGUAAGAUCAUGGAGGAAAUGUGGGAUCAUGCAGAGUCGCUGAAGUCAGACGAACAUGGAAUGUCUUGGCUACUGCAACUGAAAGAGGACAUCGGACAGCUACAGGAGAAUGGUAGCAGUGCAACAAAGAGUCCCAGGAUGACUGAAGAAGAUGACGAUGAUAAUAAAGAUGUAGACUGUGAGGAACAAAAAAAUGAAAAGGCAGAGGCUGGGUUUCCUGGCAACGCGGUGAAGUUGGCGCAAGUGAGUCCCAGCCAAUGUGGUGGCGACAAUGAAUAUGAUGAUGCUGUUGCAGACUGCAACAUGGAGAACAGGGAGUGGUUGCCCAGCAGUGAACUGGAGCCCAAAACCAGUGAUGAUGAUUCAGACCAUGAGGAAAUAUCUGACGAUGAGGACAGUGAUUGGAUGCCGAGCGAUGCAGAGUGGGAGGCGGCGUCAUCUCCAGUGAGAAACACAACAGAGCAGGGAGAGAGUGAUGACACGUCUUCUCUGUCCCCCUCUGCCCUCCUAGAGACCCCAGGUUGUGCCUCUCCUAGGACGGCCUUACUGCUGGGUCUGAAGAGGGUGUCUGUGCACCUGGUCGACUGCAGGAAAAUGCUGGGGCAGAGUGAACAGAUUGUACCGAAGACAACGCACUCUGAUAAUAGUUCCUGCAUCUUGUCCAAUGCUGAACAGCACAACAUAACUGUGUCAGAAAAUAAGUCAGGAUCUCAUAUCUGUGAUCACUGUGGAAAGGAUUUUGUUUCAACAACCAAUUUGAAAACACACUUACUAUAUCUGAGUGGAGAGAGAAGUCAUGUGUGCUCUCUCUGUGGAAAAAGAUUUGUUCAGACUAGCUGUUUGAAGAGACACAUGAGAACUCAUACUGGGGAGAAAUUGUACGUUUGCCCUUGUUGUGGGAAAGCUUGUAGUGAUUCUGGAAAUCUGAAGAGACACAUCAGAAAAACUCACUCAGGGGAGAAAGUUGUUGUGAAGAGGAAGGCCUAUCAGAGGAGCGUCCCUAAUGUUAAAGAAGGACUGGAAUCCAACUCUGGUGACAGCUUGCAUAUCUGUGACCACUGUGGGAAAAGUUUUAUAACGGCAAGAAAUCUAAAACAACACCAACAAUACCUGCAGAGAAGGCAAGAAAAUGUAACGGCGGGAAAAAGUCAUGUGUGCUCUGAAUGCGGAAAGGGCUUUGAUCAAGCAGGCUCUCUUAAGAGACACCUGAGAAUACAUACCGGAGAGAAACCAUAUGUUUGCCCUCAAUGUGGAAAAGCUUUUAAUGAUUCUGGAAACCUGAAGAAACACAUGAGAUUUCACACGGGUAAACCACGCACAGCUAAACAUUAUCCCUGCUCUGAAUGUGGGAAGCAACUCAAUGGGAAGCAAAGCCUUAAACAUCACCAGAAGAUUUUUCACACUGAACACCCUUAUCGCUGUGGUCAUUGCAAGAUGAGUUUUGUAAGUGCAACAAGACUGGAAACGCACACAAAAACCAGACAUCCGGCAACUGAUCCCUUGCUGAAUCCCCACGUGUGCUCGGAAUGCGGACGGGGAUUCCCUGUAGCUGCCAAUCUUAAAAGACACCUGAGAAUUCAUACAGGGGAGAAACCAUAUGUAUGCAGUCAGUGUGGGAACAGUUACAGCGAUGGUGGAAAUUUUCAGAAACAUAUGAGAUCGCACACAGGAGAGAAACCUUACCACUGCUCACUGUGCAGCAUGAAGUUUUGUCAAACUAGUGCAUUAAAAUGGCACCACCGGAAGAACCACAAGGGGGAGACACUAGGUCCCAUCCGUAAGCAUCAAGAGCCUCUUCAAUGCCCCCACUGCGAGGAUAAGUUGUCUACGAAGGCUUUUCUAAAGGAUCACCUGCAGAAGACACACAAUGGUGUUCAUAGCCGAUUCCAGUGCCCACAGUGUGACAAGACUUUUUCCAAUAAAACUAACUUGCGCGUUCAUCAGAGGCAGCACACUGGAGAGAGACCUUUCCUUUGCCCUCAAUGUGGGAAGAGUUUUUCUCUGUCUGGGAGCUUAACACUUCAUCUCAGGAUCCACGCCGGUGAGAAGCCUUACGGUUGUACUUUCUGUGACAAGAGAUUCAUAAGUAAAAGCCAGUGCACAAGUCACUUGAGAAUCCACACGGGAGAGAAGCCGUACCGAUGUGCCGAUUGUGGGAGAUGUUUCACUGAUGGAAAUGUACUGAAAAACCAUCUUCGGACCCACACAGGAGAGAGACCGUUCCAUUGCCGUCUGUGUAGUAAAGCUUUUGCCCAGUUGAGCAGUCUGAGGAAGCACCAGGACACCCACAGACCUACUCUGCCCGCCUCCUUCCCAUGUCCCUAUCCGCAACAGAGUCCAUGGUGAUCUGACUAGAUUUAACCUGUCUAACCCCGUACAGAAAGGGAAGGGUUAAUUUAGAGUUUUAUUGUUUUUGCUUAGAUACAGCAGCCAUACAUUAAGUCUACAUCCCCUUGUACUUUUCUUCACAUGGUGUUUUCAUUGCAGUCGUGUGUUGGAGGACGAAGCCAGGGGCUGCAGCAUGUCUCCUGUACUGGAACACUGUCCUGCACUCUGUCUAUCCCAAAUGCUUGGAUAUGUUCUGGCAGCAAAGAGUAAAAAAAGUUUGUAAUUACAAAUCGUGACUUUCGCAUUCCAUUUGAAUAAAAGUAAUAUUCUGAAAUGAACAGAACUGUCUUCAAUUACACAUUUUAUUAUAUUAAAUAUUGGUAUAUCUGCCAUCAAUAAAUUCAACCCAAUAAAUCUGUAUUUGCCCUAAACCAAACAUGACGGGCAUUCUCUACAAAUCUGUCGUCCUGUUCUUGAGCUACUAUAGAAAUGCCUAAUCCAAAAAGUGCCUUAUGCACUUGUGGAGUUCUAAACAGAUUUUGUAUGUAUAUGGAAUAAUAUGAAACCUCCACAAGUCCGUCAUUAAGCA